AUGGUUUACUCCACUAUGUACAUAUAUUACAGGGGUUAUUUUAGCAGUAGUACAAGUAAUAUGAAAAGAAAGCUAUACUGUAUUUGGGUCUCGGAUGGCCAUGGUCACCCGAAGCACUCAAAUAAGAAAAUCCUCGGUUACCUACCAUGUACAAAUGCUACAGGGUUUAUUUUAGUAGUAUCACGCUGCACGAGUAAUAUGAAAAGAAAGCUAUACUGUAUUUGGGUCUCGGAUGGCCAUGGUCACCCGAAGCACCCAAAUAAGAAAAUCCACACAAAAAUGGUUUACCCUACUAUGUACAGAUACUCAUACUGUCAGAAAGUAUAA